UGCUGGUUGAUUCUAUGAUCUAGACAUCUAGACUAGAUCUGGCAAUAUAUAUAGUCUAUGGAUCUGGCUAAUCAAAACGAAAGUAGGGACAAAAUGGCUUCCAAUUCUUACAGAACAUUGAGGUCAUUAGCAAGAGAACUAAAGUUGAUUUACAAAAAGAAAGAUAUGUGUGAAGUACCUGUUUAUGCCUACGUUCAAGAACAAUUUAGAAACUUCCAGGUGACUGGUGAAAAGAUGUGUAGGGCCAGACAGGAAGCUGAACAUUUGGCUCAAACAUAUCUGUGCUAUUUAGAAAGCACCAGAAAACAUGAGGCUAUAUCUGCUCACUACAGAGGUAAAGGAGAGAGAAGUGUAGAGAGCAGUGCAAAUAUUGUUGGCUUAAAGCUGCCCAAGUUGUACAGUGAAGAAACAGCCCAGAAGUCUCCUGAGCAUUGAUUUGUUCAUUAGAAGAUUCUGUUGAAACUUUAGUGUAAAUAGUAAAAUUAGGACCUGCAAUUGGAUAUGAAAAUUUUAUAUUUGUAAAUAAAAACUAUUUGUUUUC